AUGGCUGCCACAAACCAAUGCCUUGCCUCGCUGGCAAGGCUCAGUCUCUCGACGACAUCAAGACCGACGGGCGCCGUCUCGCGCGCCGCCCGGCCCCUAUUGCAGACGACGUGCGCCUCCCAAGUCCGGUACGCAGGAGCCGGUGGCACGAGGAAACGCGAGAAGAAGAAGAAGACGUAUAAGGAGUUCAAGGUCUGGGACAAGGAGAAGCUGGAGCAGUACUCACUAUGUGACGCGAUGAGGUACAUCCGCGCCUUCGAGGUCGGCCGCAACCCCAUGUCCGUCAAGUACUCGGUCGCCCUCAAGCUCAAGACGAUGAAGAGCGGGCCCGUCAUCCGCAACCGCAUCCGCCUCCCCCACCCGGUAAAGUCGGACGUCCGCAUCGGCGUCAUCGCCAAGGAGGACAGCGCCGCGGCGCAGGAGGCGCGGCAGGGCGGCGCCGUCGCCGUCGGGGAGGAGUCGCUCUUCGAGGCCAUCCGCGCGGGCAACAUCCCCUUCAACCGGCUCAUCUGCCACUCGGACUCGGUCAUGGCGCUCAACGCCGCCAAGCUGGGCCGCGUGCUGGGGCCCAAGGGCCUCAUGCCCAGCAUGAAGACCAAGACCAUCACCGGCGACGUCAAGGGCCUGAUGCGCGAGCUCGUCGGCGCCGACGAGUACAGGGAGCGCGAGGGCACGGUGCGCAUGGCUGUCGGCCAGCUGGGCUUCUCGCCCGAGCAGCUCGCCGACAACGUCAAGGUGUUGAUGAAGCAGAUCAAGAGCGACAUUGGCGCCGUCGACGACUCCUUCACCAAGGAGGUCGACGACAUCGUGCUGAGCUCGACCAACGGGCCCGGUUUCAGCCUGAGCGGAGGAUUCAACCCGACGGAUGACAAGAUUACGCCUGCGCACCUCGCGGGACAGAUGUAG